GAGCAGGAACAGGAAUCUGUUCUUUAAACAAUUAGGUCAUAUGUGAACUUCCUAAGACAUUCCCAGAGGCCGGUUCGACUACACCUGUGGGAGUUACUGAUGCUCAGAUCCCACAAACGUUACGUUACGUAAAGGUAACUACAUCGGCCGUCAGCGGCACUACCGUGCUGUCAUAUUUAUCAUAAUUCUCAGGAACGUACUACAGGUGGAGUGAACUGAACCACAAGGGUCCUGAGCGGCUGCCCUUCGAUGCCAACUCGUGUGUGUGUGACGACGUUUUCCCUGACGCUCUCGCAGUUAGGUGAUUAGUACUUGGCAACGUUUCAAAGGUGAAACGUGGAAAAUCUUCAGCACCGAUUCGCGACUAGUUAGUCCUCUGAAUUCUGAUGCUGCAGUGGUCUGGAUUCGCGACUAGAGCGGUGAAAUUUCCAUCAGGUACAGGACACCUUCCGUAGCAUGGAUCGACUCGUUCUCAACCUAGCUCUCCUGGCAGUCUGGAUUCUUCCAGCUGCGUCACAAGCAGACCGCGACUGUUGGUUCGACCCGCCUGCUAGCUGUGCAGAGUGCUUGCUGAGAGGUCCGCAGUGUGGGUGGUGCAUAGAAGUUGAUUACUCCGGGACGCGCUGUAACACCAUGGUGAACCUACAAGCUGGUGGCUGUGAUCAGGCCCGCAUCAUGAACCCACAGGGAAACGGAACUGUCUUAACACAGAACCUGCCCUUAACAGAAGCAGGCUUAAGAGGAAUACCAGCAGACGACAUUGUACAAGUGUCGCCCCAAAGGGCACACCUGGAGCUGAGACCAGGUGAGAGCGCACAGCUGAGAUUGCAGGUGCGGCAGGUGCAGGACUACCCAGUGGACAUGUACUACCUGAUGGACCUGUCCAGCAGUAUGUUCGACGACUUGACCACGCUCAGAACUCUCGGGAGCCGACUGGCCAGUACCAUGCAGCGCAUCACCAGCAACUUUCGGUUAGGUCUGGGAUUCUACGUAGACAAGACGGCGCUGCCUUACGUCAACCCUUAUACAAUCGACACAGUGUGUGCGCAGUACAACUCACCCUGUGCCCGAGUGUUCAGCUACAGAAACGCCCUCCCACUGACGACUAACAUCUCUGCCUUCACGGACACGCUGGAGCGAGAGGAGGUCGCCGUCAACAGGGACUUCCCCGAGGGAGGGUUCGACGCGCUCAUGCAGGUGGCCGCCUGUGAUGACCAAAUAGGAUGGCGGGAAGGAGCCACCAGGCUUGUAGUUUAUCCCACAGACGCCCUGUCAAAAAUGGCGGGAGAUGGAAAGCUGGCGGCCAUCUUACCUCCGAACGACGGGCAGUGUCAUCUGCAUCCGGGCACUGGAGAGUACCUGGAGUCUAACAACCAGGACUACCCAUCUAUUGGACAACUGGCGAACAUCUUGAGGCAGAAGAACAUCCAGCCUAUCUUUGCCAUAGCGGAAGACAGACGGCCCGCGGUCAGGUACAAACCGCACGUCCUGCCGACGUACCAGCGUCUUUCCCAAUUACUACCGGGUUCCACCAUGGCGACACUAGAGAGCGACUCGUCUAACAUUGUAGAACUCGUAGAAGAGGCGUACAGGCAACUGCGGUCCCAAGUGAAGCUGCAGGUCGCCAGCCCACCUGCUGAACUUCAGCUCCAGUUCACGUCUACCUGCAGGGACGGGCAGGUCACGCCAGGGGGCACUCGGUGCUCCAAUCUCACCGUUGGCGACACGGUGGAGUUUGAGGUGACCCUGACUGCUACCGGGUGCCCAAAGGACGGCCAAGCGGCUCAGUUCAGCCUCGUUCCAGUCGGCUUCGGGGGCGAGUUGACUGUGAAUGUGGACUUCCUGUGCAGUUGUGGCUGCGAGGAUUCCUCACAACCUGCCAGUCCGCACUGCUCUUCGGGAAAUGGCACGCUUGAAUGUGGAGUCUGCAUGUGCGAGUCAAACAGGUACGGGCAGCAGUGUGAGUGCAGUGCCGAGGACGAGACGAGUGCCUCCGGGGCGCAGUGCGUGGCCCCGGGCGCGGACGGGGAGUGUUCCGGGCGGGGAGUCUGCGUGUGCGGACGGUGUGAAUGCGGGGACAGGUACUCAGGACCGUUCUGUGGUUGCGACAACUUCUCAUGUGACAGGUCCAGUGGACAACUCUGCGGAGGACCGAGUCGUGGCGUGUGCAAGUGCGGCCAGUGCGCCUGCGUGUCAGGUUGGCAAGGCAACGCGUGCCAGUGCUCCUCCCGCACCGACACGUGCAUGGUGGACGGGAGAAUAUGUAACGACCAGGGGAGGUGUGAGUGUGGAAAGUGCGUGUGUAACCCAGAUAGUCCGUACGGCGGGGAGCGGUGCGACAGCUGCCCGACCUGUCCGGGACACUGUGUAGCGAACCAGGCAUGUGUCCAGUGUCUGGCGUUCCAGACCGGCCAGCUGACGUCUGAACAGUGUUCAGAACGAUGUCCACUCAACGUCACAAUAGUCCAGUCUUUACCGGACGAUAUCCUGGACAGUGCAGAGACAUGCCGUUUCCAUGACGACGAUGAUUGCAUCGUCACUUUCACCUAUGGCAAAAGUCAUAACAACGAGCUAGAGGUCACUGUCAAGAAAACUAAAGAAUGUCCAGGCCCGGUGCCUGUUCUUCCCAUCGUCCUUGGCGUGAUCGGGGGCAUCGUUCUGAUUGGUCUAGCGCUCCUGGUCCUGUGGCGCAUUCUCAUUUACCUGUAUGACAGGGUGGAGUAUCGGCGGUUUGAACGGGAACGUCAGGCGGCUAAAUUCACUUCCUCAGAGAACCCUCUGUACAAGUCAAACACAACCAGGUUCAGCAAUCCAACGUUCCGAGGGAGAAAGAGCUCAGCAAAGUUGUACGACGACGACGACCUGGGUGACGUCAUGGAGCUGACAUCCGAACAACCGAGUGCCUGACGGAAAGUGCCGAGUGUUUGCCGCAGACUGCCAAAAAUGUCGGCGAAAUUAAUAUUCCGCUCACAUUUCAUGUAAAUACGAGACAUUCUUUAGAAACAAUCGAUGUGACUUAACGAAAUAGUGACUUUGAUAACAAUUAUUAAUACAUGUAGCUUCUCUCUCAAUGCCUCAUCAUAUCAAAUUGCGUGAAGUAUAGCCAGCUCUUCUUGGAGUUUAAAAACGUUCACAGACCACAGCGACAUAAUUUAUCACUUGUUAUAUUGGUAAUCCUGUACCAGAUUUUACUCUGCGUAGUUUUGUCGGUGACAUAAUCACAAAGUAGUUUCAUGAGAGACGGAAGGGGGCGCUCUCGGCUCACAGUCCACGGGUGUUGUUACGGCGACGCUUGCUGUGAAGGACAACCAUAUAAAUUUUAAGUAUAGGAGUACUACUAUAGGAUGUCAGUAUAGCAGCCCGAGGAAAGGGACAUGCAAGUAACGUUCUGAAUCCCGAUAUCGAUGCUAUGUAACUCGUUUUGUAUUUUGACUUUUACUGAUUUGUGAUA